GAAAUCGCAAACUGUGGCUCCUUGCAAAAACUUCUUAACCCUAACUUUCAGGCUCUGCCUUUCUGCUUCUUGCUUUUAGGAUCAAAAUGUUAAGAGAACUGAUCAAUUUCAAUUCCUUUUGCUUAUUACGCAGGCGGAUUCUCCUAGCAAAAGAGAAGAAAUGGACAUUGUCUUCCUGGGAUUUUCAUAGAUCUAGCGAUAGAGCAGAGCAAUCUGUAGAUAGUUUUUCGUGUUAGUGUGUUACAAAGUAUAUAUUGGGAUAGCUAUUAGGAAUUCACAGUCUCUUUCCCCAUGGAGAGAACAGUCGAGGUCUAGAUCAAGACCCCAUUCGAGGUCCAGGUCAAGGUCCGGGUCCAGAUCUAGAUACAUGUCCCGGCCACGGUCCCGUAUUCGUGGCAGAUCAAGAUCCAGAAGUCGUGGCAGGACAGAUGCUAUAAAUCCUGGAAAUACAUUAUAUGUGACUGGUCUGCCCACAAGAGUCACAGAAAGGGACCUAGAAGAGCAUUUGUCUAAAGAGGGAAAGGUUGUAUCCUGUUUUCUUGUUGUGGAGCCGCGUACACGCAUUUCUCGUGAUUUUGCUUUUGUAACAAUGGACACUGUUGAGGAUGCAAACCGCUGUGUUAAGUAUCUCAAUCAAUCAGUACUGGAGGGCAGAUAUAUUACAGUGGAGAAGUCACGGAGGAAACGACCAAGAACUCCAACACCAGGGCAUUAUCUUGGGAUUAUCAGCAAUGGGGACUAUGGCUACCAUGGUAGGAAUCGUGGCUAUGAUGAUUAUCGUAGGUCUCCCAGGCGCUCACUUUAUCAUGGGGGUCGUGAUUAUUCUCCUAGGCGCUCUCCCAAUGGUGGAAGGUCAAAGAGAGAGAGGUCCAGAUCACCCUACUCGCCUCCUUAUCGUGGCUCUAGGUGAGGCCAUAUGGUCGACUGUUCCAUAUAGUGAAAUCAUGGAGAUGUAUUUGUGAAGCCCUUUUGGGCUUGAGAAGAUCAUUUUUGUUUUGAAGACAUGAAAUGACUAAUUGUUGGCGCUCCUUAAUGUAUGGGUGUUUUGCCAAACUUGUCGUUACACAGUUGUUUAUGAAACUAUGGUCGUGCUUGCAAAUUUUGUUUUUUUUUAA